GGCGGCCCGUAACUAAGGAGAACUGCAUAUCUGGCAACCCGUAGCAGCAGUGGACAGCCCUCACGUCGGAUUUGACAGCGAUAUUGCCUUCAGCCAGUGUCUUAUAAACAUUGGGGAGGACGCAAUAACAAACACAGAAAUGGCAGUGAAUGUAUACUCUACGUCAGUAACAAUUGAGAACCUGAGCCGACAUGACAUGUUGGCAUGGGUAAACGACUCCCUCCAGCUCACCUACACCAAAAUAGAACAGUUAUGUUCAGGGGCGGCUUAUUGUCAGUUCAUGGACAUGUUGUUCCCAGGUUGUAUUCUUUUAAAGAAAGUGAAAUUUCAAGCCAAGCUGGAACAUGAAUAUAUACACAACUUCAAAGUACUGCAGGCAGCUUUCAAAAGGAUGAAUGUUGACAAAAUAAUACCCGUGGAAAAGUUAGUGAAAGGAAAAUUCCAGGACAACUUUGAAUUCAUCCAGUGGUUUAAAAAAUUCUUCGACGCCAACUAUGACGGAAAAGAAUAUGAUCCUGUGCAAGCCAGACAGGGGCAGGAUGUGGCACCUCCACCAAACCCAGGUGAACACUUUUCCCACAAACCCAAGAGAACUGGUCUCUCAGGGCCUCAGAGAACAUCGCCAACAGUACCCAAAAACAUGCCCAUUCCACAGAGGGUGAUCACCACCAUAAGGAAGAACCCUACACAUGCCAGAAAUGGGGGCAGUGAUGCUGAAAUCAUGGAGCUUAAUCAACAGUUGAUGGAGCUGAAGUUGACCGUAGAUGGUCUGGAGAAGGAGAGAGAUUUUUACUUCAGCAAACUUCGAGACAUUGAACUGAUCUGCCAAGAAAACGAGACUGAAAACAACCCAAUUAUCUCGAAGAUAGUGGACAUUUUGUAUGCCACAGAGGAUGGCUUUGCACCGCCAGAAGAUGAUGAAAUAGACGAGCAUGCCCACUUGGACCAGGACGAAUACUGAACAUCCCUAUUUAUGAGAUGACGUUGUGACCCGUCACCAUUUUCUCCGCCCACCAUCCUGAAUGACCCACCGCACGCUGUUAAUAUCCCCUCAAUUCCCGUCAACUCCAUGGGCUCACCAUACAAUAUAUACUCCACAUUUGUCUCCUACCACGCCGGUUUAUACACUACAUCUGUAUCAUCAAACAUCGCCACCCUUAUCCAGACAGUAGCACCAACACCACACACCUUUCCCAGCACAAGAAUGAAUAAAAGUAAAGGUACAGUAUCAAAGAGUGGGUAGCAAAACGGACUAAAAAAUGUAAAUAUUGUGAUGGGAAAGACAUUUUUGAAGAAAAAAAAGAAAA